GAUGUUACCGUAUGGCUGUCUGUCUAUAGGGGACUGUGUGGGGCUGAUAGAGGUGGUGAAGAACAGCUAUACCAUCAUGCAGAUCCAGUGUAAAGGAGGCCUGAAGGGGGCGCUGCAGUUCAACAGCAACACACUGCACCACUGGAUCAAGGACAAGAACAGAGGAGAGGGGUAUGACCGAGCGAUAGACCUGUUCACCAGGUCCUGUGCCGGGUACUGCGUAGCCACCUUCAUCCUGGGUAUAGGAGACAGACACAACUCCAACAUCAUGGUUAAGGAGAACGGACAGCUGUUCCAUAUAGACUUUGGCCACUUCCUGGAUCAUAAGAAGAAGAAGUUUGGCUAUAAGAGAGAGAGAGUUCCCUUCGUUCUGACACAAGACUUCCUGAUCGUCAUCAGUAAGGGAGUCCAGGAGUGUACCAAGACCAAAGAGUUUGAGAGGUUCCAGGAGAUGUGUUACAAGGCGUACCUAUCCAUCCGCCAGCAUGCCUCUCUGUUCAUCAACCUGUUCUCCCUGCUGCUGGGCUGUGGCAUGCCUGAACUACAGUCCUUUGAUGACAUUGCUUACCUGAGGAAGACCCUCGCUUUGGAGAAGAGCCAGCAGGAGGCUCUGGAGUACUUCACCAAGCAAAUGAACGAUGCACAUCAUGGAGGAUGGACCACGAAGAUGGACUGGAUCUUCCACACCAUCAGACACAUGCCCAACGAACACUGACACACACACACACACACACACACACACACAC